AUGGAAUUCUACUCAGAGCUCAAAGUGUUGUGCAGGAUACAUCAUAUUAAUGUGGUAGAAGAUUUUGGACUGGCAAGAUUAGUAGAAAGAUCAAAUGAAGAAGAUGCAGUAGCAACACGACUGGUUGGCACGCCAGGUUACAUUGCACCUGAAUCUGUUCGUGAACUACAGAUGACACCUAAAGCUAAUGUGCUUGCUUUCAGAGUGGUUCUGGCAGAGCUAAGAACCGGUCAGCAUGCACUCACACGCGAGAACUGGGAACCGAAUAAGAUGAAAUUAUUGGGAUCAAUUAAGACAACAAUAUUCCGAGAUCAAGACCCAGAGACUGCUUUGGAAGUUAAUAUGGAUGCUAACUUAAAAGGAAGCUACCCAAUGGAAGAAGUGUACAAGAUGGCAGAAAUACCUAGACAGUGUAUGAAUGAAGAUCCAAUAAAUCGACUGGAGAUGCGAGAAAUUGUCCGGAAACUUUAUAAAAUUUUGAUGUCUACAAUUGAGUGGGAAGCAUCGCUUGGAGGAAGCAGUCAGGUUUUCACCAUGUUACCUGAUGGAAGAUGA